GUCGUGGUGUAGCCUGCCUCCAGCUUCUAAAAGAUAGGAGAGAACGCACAAGGCUCCUCUCGGUGUCGGCGACCUGCCCUAUACCCACCUGUCUCUCUUUUCCACCGUGUUCUCCCACCUUUUCGUUAACCGCCGUAUUCCCCGACAACCUCCAACAACCUCCCGCCGCCCCCUCCCACUCCUUAUCAUCCCCCCGCGACAGUCUACAUAACACAUUUCAUCUACAACACUAUCAUUAUCUUCAUUACAACCACAAUCACCACCACUACCACCAUUCCUCCUCCCCCCCUUCGAUAACCCACGACGCACCUUCGCGCUUUCCCAAUUCAUCUCCCCCUUCCUCCCUCCCACCCACUACCACUUACAUUCCCUCCCCUCUUGGGAUUUACCGUUUUUCACCUUUCUCAAACAUCCUUCGCACACACGGUGCGUGUGAUUUUAUAUGCGUGUGUGUGUGCGCGCGCGCCCGCGUGUGUGUACGUAAGCGCGACUCGACGUUAUACGAAAAAUCACUGUGGGAAAUAUACUUGGCGGAGAUCAAAAAAAAAACUUCUAAGAUAUAUCUAAUUUUCUCACACUAAUCGACGCGAACAGAACGCACACGCUUUAAUAUCUAUUCACGCAAGGAAGAAAAGGAAGGAAAGGACAAGUGUGACGUAGAAAAUAUAAUAUUUUCAAUUGUCAUCCAAGAUAAGAGUGAAGGAUACCAGUGAAGUGAGAAAGAAAGAAACAAAAAAAAAAAAAGGAAAAGAAAGAAAGAAAAUAGAUCCACGAUGGAUCAUAGAUCGAGAUGAAUCGUCAUAAUCGAAGAAUUAUAUUCGUCGGAUAUAUGUAUAAACGACAAAAGAUUCAAAGGGACUAGAAAUAAUUUCGCAUAAACGUAUGUACAAACGCACAAAAUUCUCGAUAUCAAAGAGACUUAGAAAAUCUUUAUAAAGUGAUGGAAAAGUGUCUAAAAGGAUAUCUAUAUUUCUUUUUGUGAAGACAUCGAUGAAAGUUAUUAACGAAACUAUUAGAAAAAUAAUUCAAUGAUCUUAUUUUUAAUAAAAGAUCGUCGUCGUCGUCGUCGUCGUUGUCGUCGAUCGUUCAAUUUCGAAUCUUAAAACUGGAUUUCCCAUUGAAUCUGAUUUAUCAAAGGAUUCUAUAUCAGAUAGAUCCCAGCAACCACGUAGUGUUGCAGUCCCAUCUUGGAUAAACUAUUCCUCGAAAAGGUGAAGAUUUUUAACGAAAGAUGAAAAAAAUUAACGACGAUGUCGUACUGUGAAAUGAUUUUUAUCGGAAUGACCUGUUGAUGACGUUAUGGGGUGGUUCAUCCUCGCUUGUAUUUUAAUACUUUUCAUAUGCGCGACGGGAUUGCCGUUGCCACAGGGUGGUGGUGGGUUGGGUGCACAUGGACAGCCGCAGGCCGGUUUGUCGAGCACCCCAGGUCCCGGUGUAAUCGGUAUUGGUGGUGGUGCUGGUGGUGGGCUUGGAAUGGGCACGGUCGCCGGUGGUGCCGUCGUAGGGGUCAGUGGCAUAGGUGGAGGAGCAGGUGGUGGUGCAGUUAGGGGUAGUAGUAGUAGUAGUGGUUCAGUUGGUAGUGGUUCAACAUUUGGAAGUUCAAGCUCCUCAGGAUCUGCUAUCGUCGUUGGAAGCGGUGUUGGUACUGGUAUAGGAAGUGGUGUUACCGGUGGAAGCAUCGGCGGUGGUGCCGGUGGUGGUGCAGCUGGUGGUGGAAGCGGGGGUUGGUCCACUGGACCGUCGCGUCGGGGCCAGGGGUGGCGCGUCUGGCGCCGCAACGAUCCAACCCUUAUGAAUCUAUGGAAAUCUCAGGGUCCUUUAGGCUCUUUAGGAAACGCCAAGGGUUACAUCAUCCUCGCACUUUUGAUUGGCGUUAUCUCAAUGGUGAUCGGUUGCUGGUUAUCCGAUAACUGUUGGUCACCCGAACCAGAAGGGGUGGUCACCCUCGCAUAGCCUAGUGCCGAUUUUCGUUCGUCUAGGCGAUAACAACUACUACGACGCCUACCAUCCUAUACGAUUCUCAAUGAAUCGAACGGUCAGCGUCCUUCGCAACGACAUCAACAACAACAACAACAAUUACAACAACUACAACUACAACAAUUGUUACAACAAUUACAACAACAACAACAACUAUUUCAACCUCAGCAAAUGGAAGAGCAACGUCGACAAAUUGAACGAUUAUUUCAGCAUCAAAGACGACCCUUGCUCGACAUUAACGACAACGACACGCUUUUACGCGUAUGAUCGUCAUGAAUCAUAGAUCAUAGAUCAUAGGUCAUAGAUCAUUGUCAAAGGUCAUUUUUAUUAAACUUCUCUUUUUCUAUUUCUUUCUCUUUUUCUCUCUCUCAUAUCUGUCUUUGUUUCUGACUCUCUCUCUCUCUCUAUCUAUCUCUCUUUCUCUUU